AUUCUAGAGAGAGAAAGUAUUAGGGUUGGCCAUUCACCCUCGUUCCGCGCCGCCGCUCGCUGCUUCCCGAUGUUCUCCGGCGACGUCUAUUUGAGGUCAGUUCCACUACUCUGCUCCUUCCAUGUCUGUCGAGUCUUCCUCCCUCCGUAUGUCCGAAGCCGAGCACGAGCUCGGGAGUCAGGGCUCCGUACCCCAGGACGACCAAGCGGAGCAGCCAGGUUCCCCAUCUAUUGAGGAGAUUGCGGCUGUAGAGGUGCACGGGGAAACUGAGCCUCGCCUCCAAAAGUGCACCUUGCUCGUGGACUUGCUCAUCCGCGAGUGCAAGUGCGACUUGUCGGGUGACGAGUUUCUCAAGGCAAUGCGCUACGCCGGCCCCCUUGUCACCGUCCGUCGCCCUACCCCGGAGGAAUUAGUCUUCGACGCUCCUCCGGGCUACUUCGCCAUCCAUCUCAAGUCUCUUGAGAACGGCUUCCGCUUCCCCCUCGAGUCCCUGGUCAUCGACUUUUUCAAGCACUUUGACUUCCUCCUGUGCCAAUUGGUGCCGAACUCGCACCGGUACUUGGCGGGGUUCUUGAUCCGCUGUCGGGAGAUGGGCGUGCGGGCCGACCUUGAGCGCCUAUUGACCCUAUUCCGAGUGGCGAAGUCCCCCGGGUCGGAUGGGGAUUCUUUCGCUGCCCUCUAUAAGUUGUGCUCGGGCGGCCCCUACGAGCCCAGUGCCUUAGUGAGUAACGAGGCUCUCGCCGAGCUCGGGUUCGUCUUCCAUGAUCAGGACGAGCCCAAGCGCCGGGUCGUCCAGAGUCAACUCGAGGAGGGCCCCUUAGGUCAAGGGCGAAGAGGAGCUUCAAAAGCUGCAGGGCACGUGUCCGACCUAGAGGGGAAGCUCGCCGAGGCGGAGGAGCGGGCUCGGGCUUCGGAGGCUCGUAUCGCUGCUGAGGAGAAGGCGCGCCGCCUCGAGGAGGAAAGCGAGCAAGCGUUCGAGGCCUUCCAAGCCUCCCCCGCGUUCGAGGAGGCGGCUCUCUCCUGCAUGGCCAACUACUCCUUGGGCUUGCACCGGGCUCAAGAAGUCUUGCUAGAGCGGAUCAGAGAUGGCAAGGAACUGCCGAAGCCGUGCGAGAAGCCUGAGGAGUUUGACUCCUCUAUUUACUACUCCGAGGAUGAGGACGCCGUUGGCGGGGGAGAGGACACCGCCGGUAACUGAGCGCGGCUGGGCCCAUUGCUGAACUCCUCCCUUCUUCUUUUUCAAUGUAAUGUUUUCGUGUUUGAACGAUGUGUUUUGUAUUGCGCAACUACUAUCUCCGAUCUUUCGUGAUUUGUGAUGCCUUUGUUGUUUCGCUUUGAUCCUUAAAUGCUUAUUCCCGAGUGAAUGUUGGUGAAUAAAUGUCGGUUUCGCCG